CUGUUGGAGUUUUUCUUUACUUCAGGGAAAUUGAGUCUGUACUCACCAGGGAAUUGGUGGGAGGAAGAAAUCAGGGGAGAUCUAUCGGUGUGUGUUGAAUUGGCUAGCCUGAUUUUGCAUUCCCUCUGGGGAAAUAGGAAAGUCCUUUUUGUUUCCAGGAUUGGGAAGAGAGAGGGGGAGUCACUCUGUGUAGUUUCACAGAGCUUGUGUCUGUGUAUCUCUCCAGGAGCACCUGGAGGGGGGAAGGGAAAAAGGAUUAUUUCCCUUUGUUGUGAGACUCAAGGGAUUUGGGUCUUGGGGUCCCCAGGGAAGGUUUUUCAGGGGGACCAGAGUGCCCCAAAACACUCUAAUUUUUUGGGUGGUGGCAGCAAGUACCAGGUCCAAGCUGGUAGCUAAGCUUGGAGGUUUUCAUGCUAACCCCCAUAUUUUGGACGCUAAGGUCCAGAUCUGGGACUUAGGUUUUGACAUGAGUGGCAGCGGGUGGGAGAUAGACAGUAUCCAGAAGCCAGUAGGAAUAUUAUAUUUUUCUUUUCUCUGCUAAGGGCUUUUUAGCAGAGAGAAACAGUUUGGUUUUAAAAGGGAACCAGAGAGAAUUUUUUUUUCUGCUCUCUCUGGCAGUUUGUGGCUUGCAUGUUAAGCAAGAAGUCGUUAAGGUGCUAUCACGAGUCUUUUGUCACACAAUAGCACUCCCAUUGAGAGUCAUACCAGCACUAUAUAAAUGCAAAUAAAGUGGUUUUUCAGGUUUACUUAACAUUGAAGAUUCGCUAAAGGCACUGUUGCUAGGCAGACUUCAGGAGGCAACAGAGAGCCUGCAGUUCAGAAGAGAAACACCGGAGGGCACCCCAACACAAGAAAACAGGAACCAUGUCUACCAAGGCAAAAAUUGAGGCCGAAGACCAAUUCAGAGAAGCUGAACACAGGCGACAACUGGAAAUAAAACAAACAGAGAUGGAAAUAAGAGAGAGAGAAAGAGAGGCGGCCCACCGCCGAGAAAUGGAAAAACACCAAAAAGAAAUGGAAAAACAACAAAAAGAGAAUGAAGAGAAGGAAAAACAGAGAAAACAUGAACUGGAGUUGGCAAAAGCUGGGCUGCAUGUGCCAGCCAACCCUAACAACCCGGCGCCAACUAUUGCUCCACAGCACAGGAAAUUUCCCACCUACAAGGCAGGUGAUGACACCGAGGCCUUCUUGGAAAAUUUUGAAAGAGCCUGUCUUGGGUACAACAUCCCUGACGACCAGUACAUGGUAGAAUUAAGGCCACAACUCAGUGGACCUUUAGCAGAGGUGGCAGCUGAAAUGCCUAAGCAGCAAAUGAAUGACUAUAAACUUUUUCAAACCAAGGCCAGAUACAGGAUGGGGAUAACCCCAGAUCAUGCCCGUCGGCGCUUCAGAACCCAAAAGUGGAAACCAGAGGUGUCAUUUCCCAAACACGCCUACUACAUUGCAAAAAACUAUGAGGCCUGGAUAACAGGAAACAACAUUCAAACCUUGGAAGAACUGAACCUCCUCAUACAAAUGGAGCAGUUCUUGGAUGGUGUUCCUGAAGACAUCACACGGUACAUACAAGAUGGAAAACCCAAAGAUCUCGCUGAGGCGGGGGAGAUUGGAGCCAAAUGGAUGGAACUGGCAGAAAGCAAGAAAGCUACUGUCAAGGGGAACGAUUACCCCAGGGGGCACACAGACCAUAAACCCUACAACCGAGGACAGCCAAAGACCCCACAUACCACCCUAGUAAAGCCACAGACACCCUACCCUUCCACCUCACCAGUCUCCAGUAACUCACCUCGGCCCAGUGACCCAUCAGAUGGAAGAUGCUUUAAGUGUAAUGAACUGGGACAUAUCAAGGCCAACUGUCCAAAGAACACCAUGCGAGUGCAAUUCAUUACACCACCAUCACACCAAAAAUCCUCAGGCCCAGAUGCCUCUCAAAUACCCUUGGAGCGAAGGGAAAAUUUGAGAGUGGGCGGAAAGAAUGUUACUGCGUGGAGAGACACGGGGGCACAAGUGUCAGCUAUCCACCAAUCCUUCGUUGACCCCAAAUUCAUCAACCCAAAGGCCAAAGUUACAAUUUACCCCUUCAUGUCACAAGCUGUAGACUUGCCUACAGCUCAACUGCCUGUCCAGUACAAAGGCUGGUCAGGAAUGUGGACUUUUGCAGUCUAUGACAAUUAUCCUAUCCCCAUGCUACUGGGGGAAGACUUGGCCAACCAGGUGAGGCGGGCCAAGAGAGUGGGAAUGGUUACACGUAGCCAAACCAGGCAAGCUUCCAGACCCAUUCCUGUUCCUGAGCCGUCCACAGAGGCCCCGUCUGUGUUACCAGAAACCCAGACAGAGGUAGUGGACCCGGAUUCCAUGCCUACUACUGAAACAGCCACAGCAUCUCCAGUCCCAGGCCCGGAACUGGAACAGCAACCAGCACCAGCAAGUGCAACCACAUCUUCAAACUCAACGCCAGAGGGCGCCAGCGAGCCAGAACUGGCAGAAGCAAAAGACAGCCAUACCCAAAAGGCUCAGCCAGAGCCUGAAAUACCCUCAGGUGCACCAGCGGAGAGCGGUUCACCAGCACCAGAACAACCCCAUCACCUACAUCGCUUCCAAAGGGACCAAGCCCAAGUCCACAGUCUGAGGAAGAACUGGUGACCCCAGCCUCAAGGGAACAGUUCCAGACUGAGCAGGAAGCAGAUGACAGCCUUCAGAAAGCGUGGGCGGCGGCACAGAGCACCCCACUGCCUCUCA